UGGGCAAGGUUCAACUUACUGGACGCAUUGAGCCCCCUCGCUGGUGCAGGAAAGCAGCACGUUAUAUGCAAUGAAUUCGUUUUUUCUCCGCAUUUUUGGACAUUAACGCGCCAUUUUCUUGCAUUUUUGUGCAAUGUCGACGUUGGGAACGAGUUUUUAUAUUGAGUCGCCUGUUCUUGCCGAGCAGGAAGACAUGGCAUCCAGAUUCUCAUCAGCUGCAGGGGUGGAGCAGGCGAUGCUCACCGAAUAUGGCGGACAGGAGCCGUGCCCUUUGCAAGCGAAAUCUUCUAUUUUUGGUGGAUCUUGGAGUCCGAUCUCUGGUCACCCUCCAAACACAGCGGCUCCGACCUAUAUACAUCACCAUUACACCAGUGGGGACUGCGAUGGCAUGUUUACGCGCUCCUGGGCGUUGGAUCCGGUCUCUGCGUCCCUCUGUCUGACGGGAUUACCCUCGACAGCCAUGCACUAUGAGAUCAAACCCGAGCCUCUGGUCGGGAGUGCUGAAUGCACAACUUUGGAGACGCACACGUCGCUUUUGUCCGACAUUGGAAAUGAAGCAUCGCUCUCGGAGAUUCCCUGCGAAACCUCGUCCAUGAUUAAAUCUGUUGAGGAGGAGAGCCCGCCAGCGGAGGAGAAGAGGGAGACAGAUGCAAAUAACCCUUCAGCCAACUGGCUUCACGCAAAGCCCACCAGAAAAAAGCGUUGUCCCUACACAAAGCACCAAAUCCUCGAACUGGAAAAGGAGUUUCUCUUUAACAUGUACCUCCCCCGGGACCGUAGAUAUGACAUAGCUAGACUCCUGAAUCUGACCGAGAGACAGGUGAAAAUCUGGUUUCAAAACCGCAGGAUGAAGAUGAAGAAAGACAACAAAGAUCGGCGAAGAAACAGUUAACUUGUUUUUUGGACUGAUGCUGGAUAAGAGCCUUAGGAGGGGGAAGGGGGGGGGGUCUGUACUUAAUAUUCCUGACAUGUUACACAUGUUGUUGUAAAGUUUAUGUUGUUCAAACAAGACAGGAUUUUUUUUCUUAGUAUUUCAUGUUUGUCUCGUAAGAAUUUAGGAGAUGUGAUUGUUGUAUUUGUUGCACAUAAAUAGUAGACUUACUGUGGAAUAUUUGUUAUUUGCAUGUACUGUAAUGAUCUUCGACUACCUGAAUGUCACAGCUACCUAAUUGUGUAAUAAUUUAACUUAUUCUUUUUGUAAUCUAGAUGUUUUUUAACCGUAAGCUUUUGAUCUAAUUGUGGAAACAAUGUGCACACUUCAAAUACCUCGUUCCUGUUUCAUUCAAAAUAAA